UUAACGUCGACAAUCAUGACACAGACACACGAAAAUAUGUCCUACUUCCCGAUACAAAAUUAGGCCGUUUGUUGUACGAAACAGUUUCAUUAUUGUUUCUGUUUUAUGUUUACAUUACAUUUACAUUUAGCAGACGCUUUUACGCUGACCCCCUGUUUAAGGUGUUAAUAGAUAGAAACUUGGAGUUAAUGUGACAUUUUUUAUGAGAUUUCGACGUUUUUGAAUAAAUGGAAAACCACUUUCACUUUCAGGUAGGCCUAGGUCUAAAUUCAGGGCUGCCAACUUUUCCAAAAACCUUGGAGUGAGAUUUGGUAUUUGGUGCAUCCUCGAUAAAAGGGGUGGAUCAAGAACAUUUCGGGGGUAAGUCGUCGUUGCCCAUAACACGCUAGCAUUCUGCUAACGAAUUCUGAUUGGUUAGUGAAGGACUGACUACGACCAGAGAUCCCGCUUGAUGGCAUCCGAAGCAGAACCAGAAUGUCAGAGCCAUAGAUAGAUAGGUAGAUGUCUCGUCUGCGUUGCCGGACAAUGGAGUCGAACGUCCGCACAUGGCAGCCAUCUUGCUACAGUCAACUCGUGACCCUGUAAGCUUGCUGUAGACCUACAACAUCAACAACAAACUAGGCUACAUCCAACUCCUACUUUUUAAAUGAAAUGUCAAAGUUAACGAAUCAUUGGAAACAACACUUUCAUUUUAAGAUCCUGGUACUCUCUUUACACAUUGGACUCUGUAUGGAAACUGCAUGUGGACGAGCAGAGUACCAGAUAGGGAAAGAGUGCUGUCGCAUGUGUGCACCUGGAAACAGAGUUCAUAAAGAUUGUACUGAAUUCACAAGCACUUCCUGCAUUCCUUGUACUGGCUCUACUUUUCUCAACCAGCCCAAUGAACGCUCAAGCUGCUUUCCAUGUACAAACUGUGAUCCAGUUUCAGGUUUGAAGGUAAAGCAAGGCUGCACAUCCAUAUCCGAUGCUGUGUGUCAACCACUUGAGGGAUACUUUUGCAAAUUACCAACAUACCAAGGUUGUGCAUUUGCCCAGGAACACAGCAGAUGUAAACCUGGACAAUACAUCAGUCAGCAAGCAACAUCCUCUAAAGACACUGAAUGCUCAGACUGCACUGGUGAUACUUUUUCCAAUGGAUCGUUGACAUCCUGCCAACCACACACAAAGUGUGAAUCAUUGGACAAGGUCCAAGUCAUUCCUGGUGACCAUUCGUCUGAUACUGCUUGUGAAACAGCAACGUCUGGAGUUGGAGUCAUUCUUAUAGUCAUUGCUACAUGCAUUCCCAUUGUUGGAACCAUGGCCUUUCUUGUUUAUUGGAAGUGUGUACGUAAAAAAACAAUGAACACAGAAAACAGACAGGUAAAUAUAUAUUUCUUCCCAUUAACCAACACUUUUGUAAAUGGAGGCUAUAGUCUGACUAUUUUACCGUUCUUUCAAUAUUUAAGGAAUCAAAGGAAUCACUGAUGCUGCCAGUUCCGGAAACAAGUGAUUGCUAACUUUGUCCAGAUGAUGCAUGAUACAUUUAGUUAUUCAUGAAUUAUAUGGACUGACCAAAAACAAUUUUACCCUCAGUUUCACUCCUCAUGGAUAUGUCACCAAACAACUCUGACUAAUUGGUGGUUCACAAUUAAAUUCAAAUACUAGACCCGAACUCUCCAGGAUUCUGUUUGGACCCUCCACCAUAAGACAUGAAAAGAUAUAAGAGGAACAAUGCGGAUUCCGUCCUGGCCAUGGAACUGUGGACCAACUCUUUACC